GGAGCCCAGAGCUGAACAGAGAAAAGGUGUAGAUCGAUCGCCGGAGCCAGGAGAGGAGAUGGCGACCAGUAUCUACCGCACCGAAGACGGCCACUUCGUGGUGUGGUUCGACGAGGACGCCAUCCACACGACGCUCACGGACUCCGGCGCCGCGGUGGACUCGUGGCUGGACGAGAUCCGCCGCGUCCACCGCCGCCGCCUCAACCGCCUCAUCGUCGGCAUCGACGUCGAGUGGCGCCCGUCCAGGACCACCACCAACCACGUGCCACCGGUCGCCCUGCUGCAGAUCUGCGUCGGCCGCCGCUGCCUCGUCUUCAAGAUCCUCCACGCCGACUACGUCCCGCAGUCGCUGUCCGACUUCCUCGCCGACCAGCGCUUCGCCUUCGUGGGCGUCGGCGUCCGCGACGACGCGGCCAAGCUGCGGUCCGGGUACGGGCUCAAGGUCGGGCGCAUGGUCGACCUGCGCACCCUCGCCGCCACCAAGCUCCGGAAGCCCGCGCUGCGCGGCGCCGGGCUGCAGGCGCUGGUGUCGGAGGUGAUGGGCGUCGAGAUGGAGAAGCCGCACCAUGUCCGUGUCAGCGCGUGGGACGCGCCCAAGCUCACGUAUGACCAGCUCAAGUACGCCUGCGCCGACGCCUUCGCGUCGUUCGAGGUUGGCCGGAGGCUCUUCGACGGAGACUACUAGUUUUACUCCACUAGUCUAGACGUGGUGUGACUCUUGCAUUGUGAGGUCUAUGCCGUGCAUUAUCCUUAGUUCCUUGUUCGAUCGCCGAUCGGUGUCAUCUUAGUUGCUUGCUUAGUGUCGUCAUUAGUCGGUGUCGUUGAUGUCUCGCUUGAAUCUGUAUCCUCGUGUCUGUCUGUCUUUAAUCUGCAUUCUCGUGUCCUGUAAUAAGGAUGUAAAUAUUCGCAGUACUAUUGUCGUUUUCGUUGCGUGGAUUGUAUGCAUGCAAUUUGAACUUCCUCUCGA